AUGUUGCAGGUAGAAGGAAGGUCCACCCACUUCGAACCAGGAUACUUACUCAUAGCCAAUAUUCUCUGCCUCUGGCUGGGCGUGGGGCAGGGGUGCGACGGCUGCCAGCCACCCCUCGGCUUGGACGGGGGCCGAGGAGCUGAGGCCCUGGCCACACCCCGGGUGCUCCCUGCCCCCUGGGCGCUUGUCCGCACGUGCCACGUGUGCUGGGUUCCCAGGGCCCAGCUGGGGCAGGGGGUUGGAGGUGGGGCCGCCCCCCUCCACCUGCUGAUGGAAAAAGCCGUGCUGAGUGGUGGAACUCGGACCCGUGACUCCCCAGCAGGCCACGGCCCAGAGGACAGAAUCCAGGCGGGGUCUGGCCCAGCAGGCCGUGGGCAAGGCCACCGCCCGGUGUCCUCGUUACUGUGCAUUUCUACUCCUGGACUUGAACUCUGCUGUAUCACCAACUGUUUUUCAAGAGAACAGCUGUACAGGACGACCUACUGCCCUGCCCAUCAGGCGGGCCUCCACGUCUGUCAGCCUCGAGAGUGGUGCCACCACCCCGUACCUCUGCCGUCCGCCCCGCUGUUGGGGGUGCCCACCCCCUGUCGGGGGCGCAGCCAAACGUGUGAGCUCGGUCGGCGUUGA